ACGGAAGAUUGUAAAUGGUUGUAUAUUGUUGGGCUCUUAUGAACCUAGCCAACAUUAUGCAUCAAAGAAUUCUUGCACGUGUUUCCUUCCAGCCUAUAGUGGCGGCUGUGACUCACGGCAGACAUAAAAUGAUGCAAUACAAACGAACCGUGUAUAUAAAACAAUAGUUUUUAGCCUACCGGCUUGAAGAUAACAGCAAUUGGGCUACCCAAGUGGUGCCAUUCAAAUCAAAUUUAGUCACUUGGAAUAUUCAUCUUCGUUUGUCUUCACUCUUCUUCACAUUAUUUGACUCCCUCGAGGCUCUAGGCUUCUACCAACUACAUGUCUGCAUAUGGUGGGGCAUCGAAGUUUUAACUUCACGAUUUAACACUUUCCAAGAGACGAGUUUGAGUCUCUGAAUUCUGGCUCUGAGAUUGAAGAACCAAAAACAAGAAAAAGAAGAAGAAGAAAAACAGAGUCAUGGGGAAGGUUGCAGCACUACCAAUAGUUGGGAUGGUGUUGGCUGAGAGUGCACAAGCUGGGCUAAUUAUAGUGAGCAAAUUAGCAAUGUCUAAUGGCAUGAGCAACCUCAUCUUUCUCUGCUACUCAAACGCUCUUGCAGCCCUUAUCCUCCUCCCAAUUUCCUUAGCCUUCCACAGAUCCGAGCGUCCUCCUCUCACUUUCUCUACCCUCUGUUGGUUCUUCUUGCUUGGUCUAAUUGGAUUCAUGGCGCAGUUUUUUGGGUAUGCUGGGAUUAAUUUGAGCUCUCCUACUCUGAGCACGGCUAUGCUCAACCUCAUUCCAGCUUUUACCUUUAUACUGGCAGUCAUCUUUAGAAUGGAAAGAAUUGAUGGGAGAAGCUCCAGUAGCCUUGCUAAAACUUUGGGAACAAUAGUUUCAAUUUCAGGGGCUUUCAUUGUUACUCUUUACAAGGGUCCCCCACUUCUGAUGACAUCCUCAACUGAUAUAUUGUCUCAUAACCAACUUUUCUUGGAACAGUCAAACUGGGUCCUUGGAGGAAUGUGCAUUGCUCUUAAUUGUGUGUUGGCCUCAUCUUGGCUUAUAGUACAGGCAUCAGUUCUAAAGAAAUAUCCCGCAGAGCUGAUUAUGGUAUUUUAUUAUUGCUUCUUUGUGGCUAUUCAAUCUGUAGUAGUCUCUUUGACUGUAGAAAGAGACCUAAGUGCGUGGGAAUUGAAGCCUAAAAUCCGGUUGAUCGCUGUUCUAUACUCGGGAGUCUUUGGCUCAGCAUUCCAGGUUGGUGUAUCUACUUGGUGCCUUCACAGGACGGGGCCUGUUUUUGUAGCUAUUUUCAAGCCUUUGGGGAUUGUCAUUACAGUUUUCGUUGGUGCCACCUUCUUAGGAGAUACUUUCUACCUUGGAAGUUUGAUAGGAGCAAUUGUUAUUGUCAUGGGAUUUUAUUCUGUGAUGUGGGGAAAAGCAAAAGAAGAGAAGAUGGAUGAUGAUGCAGGGGCAAGGAGUGUGGCAUCAAGUAGACAACGGGUCCCUCUAUUGCAGAGCCAUAUUGAAGAAAUAUAGAAGUUUCUUUGCAGUACAUCGCCCUGUGAGGUCUCUCUUGCCAAAAAACAUAGGCCAUGCUUGUUGGGAAUUAGUCACCCUAAGUAAUGCAGGACAAGGAACAACCAUUUGAUAUUGUCCAAGUCAAGGCAAUCAUUUGGCACAAAGAUUUCUUCUACUCUUUUUUCUUUUUCCGGGGAGAUGGUAAUCCUGCAUACAUCCAAAGGCAGUUUGUUGGUGCAAACUGAGCAUAGUUGCAAGUUUGCUGUAAAGGUGCAAAUACCAUGAGAAGUAUGUUGUGCUCAUUGUUACUACAUGUUAUGAUGCAUCUGUUUCAUCUUAAAUAAUGUCCAAGAGAGAGUAGAAAUUUCAAAAGACGAUUCAAGUUGGAUUGGCUGGCACUAUCUGGCUCCUCAUUGCUCAUUGUUACUACAUGUUAUGAGGAGGCAGUUUUAUUGGCUUGCCAUUAAUGAACCUUUCGAACUACUAAAGCGUUUGUAAUUCAUUUGUAGAGUUUCUCUGUAUUUUAUAUUGUCAAUGCACUUGUAGUUAUACUCUUAAUUGAUGAUUAUCUUGUCUACUUUCCGAUGAGUAUAUGGAGACUUAUGUUUGAUGUUUUCCUGCACAUAUAUAUUCUUUUUAAGAAACUUUGUUUGUUAGUUUUGGUAGUUUUCAUAAUAUGCCCCCAGACCUGAGGGAAGAAUUUUCUGAAAAGUAUUAAAUAGAAAAUAACAGUUUAUUUUCCAUGUAAUGUAGGGUCAUGAACAUGUGGAGCAUGAUCAAAGAUAUCAGCAGCAUGAGUUGAAUAUUGAGUUUGCAGGGUCAAAGCUGCCUCAAGAGCAACAUGUCAGUGAGGAGCAGCUCCUUUGCUUGGAAGUGAAAUCUACUCUCUCUUUGGUUUUUAGAUGUAUGAUAUCCUUCAUUACUCGUGGUAAAUAAGGUAAUAAUGUUGGAAUUAGGCAUUGGGGGGAGAAAAUGAUGGCAAAGGCCAAAGUUCUUGAAGAACAUAUUUUCAACUGUGUAAUCAAAUACAAUAUAAGAAUCUUAUAAUCAUAUAUCUAGAGCUUUUCAUACA